AGCUUGUGCUUGGAACGUCAAAUGCAUGCUGCUUCGCAGGCUUAACUGAAUAACGCAGGCAAUUUAGGACAAUCUGUAGACGGGCGGGAGGUGGAACUAAGGAAGUGUGUGGCAACUGCACCUCUUUGGCUAAUUGUCUUACCGGCGAUUGCACAUUUCUCCCUCUCAAGUGGAAUACGCAGGCUGGACAGUGAUGGGACGGCUGGUUGUUUGGGCUCUGGUGGCGGUCAUGCUCGGGGCAGCGCUCUGUCUGGCCGAAGAACGAGGGAAGAGCACCGAUACGGCAAACAGAGGAGAGGAAGAGGGUGCCUUCAAGGGACCGCAGCCCCUGCAGAAGAGAGAGGCUGAAGGCAAAGCUUCUGAACUGACCCAUGAAGUGGAUGGGGGACCCUGCCGAAAGAAGUUCUGUGGCAGGGGACGCCAAUGUGUGGUGGCACUGCAGACGGGUCAGGCUGAGUGUGUGUGCCAGGAGAAAUGCCACCCCACCUUUGUGCCCGUGUGUGGCUCCGACGGCCGGUUCUACGAGAACCACUGUGAAGUGUACCGUACGUCUUGCCUCCAGAAGAAAAGAGUAUACGUGGUGCACAGCAAGGACUGCUUCUUCAAAGGUGAAUCAUGUACAAUGACGGAGUACAACAAGCUGAAGAGUUUGCUGCUGGACAUGCAGCCCAAGGGCCUCGUUAUGCGUAAAGAAGAGAGCUACGGAAAUGGCAUGGAGCAGAAGAGGGCCCUAGUGGACGUAAUGUUCAAAUACCUGGACCUGAACGGGGAUGGGCACCUUGGCAGCGAGGAGCUGGCACAGAUAUCCAAAAGGGAGCACCUGGAGGAUAGCCUGCUGGAGUGCACCAUGCAGGACCUGAUCCGCUACGACGACUACAACAAUGACAGCCACCUUACGCUCCACGAGUUCUACACCGCAUUCCAGGUCAUUCAGCUGAGUCUUCCAGAGGAUAAGAGAUUAAGCAUCACCACGGUAACAGUGGGCCUGAGCACAGUCCUCUCGUGUGCCAUUCAGGGCACACUGCGGCCGCCAAUCAUCUGGAAAAGGAACGGCAUCAUUCUUAACUUCCUGGAUCUGGAGGAUAUUAAUGACUUUGGUGAUGACGGCUCCCUGUACAUCACCAAGGUGACAACCAUUCACAUGGGCAACUACAGCUGCCACGCAUACGGCUACGAGGAGCUGAGUCAGACCCAUGUCCUGCAGGUGAAUGUGCCCCCGGUGAUUCUGGUGUACCCCGAGACUCAGGCCCAAGAGCCCGGCGUGGCCGCCAGCCUGUACUGCCACGCAGAGGGCAUCCCCAACCCCAAGAUCACCUGGCUGAAGAACGGCGUGGACCUUCAGCCGCGGGCCACCAAGCAGCUCUCGCUUGUCGCGAAUGGCAGCGAGCUUCACAUCGGCAGUGUGCGUUACGAGGACACGGGGGCCUACACCUGCAUAGCGAAGAAUGAAGUGGGUGUGGACGAGGACAUCUCCUCACUAUUUGUGGAGGAUUCUGCUCGAAAGACACUUGCAAAUAUACUCUGGCGGGAGGAAGGGCUGAGUGUUGGGAACAUGUUCUACGUGUUCUCCGAUGAAGGGGUGACCAUACUGCAGCCUGGCGAGUGCGAGAUACGCAGGCGCAUAAAACGCUCCGAGAGGAUUGUAGCCAGUUAUGAAGAAAUGUGCCCCAAAAAUGAGGGCAUCACCCCCCAGCACUGCGUCUGGGCAUCCGCCCUCAACGUCCGCGACAAGUACAUCUACGUCACGCAGCCUCUCCAGAACCGUCUGCUGAUUAUCGACACGCAAGCCCAGAAAGUCGUCCAGGCAGUGGAGACAGACCCAGUGCCUGUCAAGCUGUUCUAUGACAAGUCCCACGAUCAAGUCUGGGUACUGAGUUGGGGCGACCUACAGAAGUCCCAUCCCACAUUGCAGGUUAUUUCCCAAGCGAGCGUGGGCGAAGUGCACCGUGUUGUCCGAACGCCAUUCCAGAGGGUGGACGACUUCUUCUUACCGCCCACCAACCUCAUCAUCACGCACGUCAGGUUUGGCUUUGUCUUCUUAAAAUCUGAACCCGCCGUGCAUAAGAUUGACCUGGAGACCUUCCAUCGCGUAAAGAGCAUCAGCCUGAAGAACUACAGCUGCGUGCCCAUCAGCAUGGCCUACACCCACCUGAGCGGCUACUACUUCGUCCAGUGCCAGGGCCGAAACCGCAGCGGAGCCAUGCCCCAGCUACUCAUUGACAGCGUGACGGACACAGUCAUCGGCCACAACCUGGACGUGGUCGGCAAGCCCUACGUCUCCCCCGACGGCCGCUACGUGGUCACCCCGGACGAUCACAGCAGCAAGAUCCGAGUCCAGAUGGUGUCGUUCCGUGGCGAGCUGCGGCUGAGCCACGAGCUGGACGCCUCGCUGCACGUCUCCGACCUGGUGUUCCAGCCGUCCUUCGCCGAGUCCAACCAGUACGCGGCGGUGGCCACAUCAGCGUCCGGCCCGAACCUGCUGUUCUCCGACCUGUCCGCCGGCGGGAGCGUGGUGCUGGGGGGGCUCAAGGAUCCGCUACCCCCCCACAGCUGGCCCUGGAGCCGGGCCAACCGCGCGGUGGCCUCCAGUGGCCUGUUCGGACAGUACCUGGUCACGCCGUCGGCCGAGUCGCUGUUCGUGCUGAACGGCAAGACGAGCAGCUUGCACUGCGAGGUGUCAGACGUCAAGCGGGGUAACACACUCGUGUGGGUGGGAGAGGUAUGAGUGCGGCCACGAGCACCAGCGGUCAGGCUGAACUACUGAAAACUGUUACGAGAUCUAAGAGGACUCAACCCCCCCAGGACUGAGCGCAACGAAAGACCACCUGUGUAUGUGUGCGUGUGUGUGUGUGUGUGUGUGUGUGUGUGUGUGUACAUGUAUGUGUGUGUGUGUGUGUGUGUGAGAGAGAGGGAGAGAGAGGGUGUGUGCAUGUGUGUGUUUGUGUGUGUCUGGGUUACUGUUGUAAAAGUACACAAACAUAAAAAAAUUUAGACUAAUCGAAACAAAAAAAAGUAAGCAUUAAGAAAUCCUGUAAUGAUCUUUCUACUGGGAGAGGGUGAGCCUGUGUUCUUCAGUGCAACAGUGAUCCAUGCGCACUCCAAUAACAAGAAAUAAAGUACAUUAUUGCACUUCCUCGUGACACAGCAGAAAACCGUUCGUUGCAAGAGAGAGAGGGAGAGAAGGAGAGGGUAGCUACCGUCGUCGAUGACAUUUUUUGAAAAAUUAACUAUGCACAAUGCUCACUUUUUUGUCUUAAAGCUGUUUGGUUUCCAGAUGUCUGUCCCUCACCCCGUACGGCAACUAAGUCACUAUACUGUGUAAGAAAACCUGUCCGUCAGCCACACGAGUCUGUAGUCUGUUCUUUUAAAGUCAUGGCCUUCAGUUGUCCGCCUUUUGCACACGUUCAUGGUAGCGACCGGUUCCUCUGCGUAUCUCCUGUCUCCAGUGUCGUGCUCUCUUAGUUACAUUGACAUUCCAAAGACGACUCUCACCCACCGUCAUUAGUAAGUUAUAGGAGCACCAAAUGCAGAUGUAAACAUGUAAACGUUUUCUUUUUUUCCUUCCUCUGUGAUCACGUUUUUGAGGAGAUUGUACUUCACACAAAACUUGUAUGACCUAAGUAAUCCUCUAAAGUGAUCAAAGGUAUUUUGUCGGAUUGAGACAGAGUGUGUAAUUCCGAAUCCACUUUGUCUGAAGUAGUUUAGUUUGUGCGUGUGUAUGUAUCGGAGCCAAGCUACUUAAAGGGACGCAUGGUGGUGUAAAACCCUCCUGUGGCAUUAGACAGCAGAGCUCGCUGCCAAGGGUGUAAGGGUGUAAGCCUCCUUAGCAAUGCGCCGAUUGUCUAGGUCGCCAAUUUGAGCCAGGAAUGGGGCACCUAACACAGAAUAUAUACUGUACUCUCUGUAGUAUGAAUGAAUAAAUGGAUGUGAUUGAGUGAGUGAGUGAGUGAGUGAAUGAAUGAAUGAAUAAAGUGCUUGUGUUACUCAUUUCCCCUUUCACAACCUUCUUGUUUCCACAACACAUCCAUUAAAAAGAACAACUGCACAGCCCCUAUUCAUGUGAAGGGAAAUGUAUGGAAGGCCUGCAGCAUCACAUAAAACACAGUGUUUCUGUAUGGGGUGUAUUGAAGGUUCAUCAUGUUGGGAGCUGGUGUAGAUGCACACAGAAAGCCUUAUGGUGUGUUUGAUUUGUCAUGUCAAAGUAAAAGGACAUUUUCAAUAAUAACAAUUUACAUAAUGUGUUGAUGACUCAAACACACCUCCUGCCUAUGUGACUCAGCCCAUCCUUAGAGACCACAGAUUCGGCAACAUGUCAUGCAACCACAGACAUCUAUGGCCCAGCCCCUGUAUGAAAGACAUUGAGUGCUGUUGCACGAAGUCAAGCAUUUAAAAUGGUCAACAUAAUGGCUGAGCUCUUUCUCUCUAAUCUGGCAGGCUCACAGUGUUUGAAUAUCACAGAGAUACUCUGCAAUAUAAGCUUGACCUUCUGUUGACCUCUGCAUACUAAAUAAUGCCAUAUAAUACGUAUAAUUAUGUUUAAGUAAAUUAAAGACAUUUCUUUCUCAUUUUAUAGCUAUUAUACCAAAAUGAAAAGGAUUUGUGGUAUAAAAUAUGAGGUAUAAUGAAUUCAGACAUAAGCUCCAAUCUGUUAGAUUACUGUAAUCAUUUUAGGCAGCACUACAGGCGGGAAUCUCUCUGUUGCAACCUGUUUUCGUUAAAUGUUAUAAUGAGACAGCAUUUAUCUUAAUGUAAUCUUACCUCUCCACAUUUGUAGACUUAAAGCAGAUAUAGUUAAAACCCACCCCCCUUUGUGUGUGUCUCUGACAAGAUUAAGUGUAGUUCAAGUAUGAAAAUGCCUCCUUGCACUGAGAGAACAGCUAUUAAUGCUCCAUAGUUUUAACCCUGAGUGAGUAGCCAGUCACUCCUUAGAUAGAGUUGAGUAAGGGAGCCCAAAAGAUUGAUCUUACUGUCAAACCCCACAUAGGGUUGAGUGGGUCCUUCAACUGCUAAUCCUCAUUAGACAGAGAACCAUACUACACAGUGUGUUGAAACGUGACAAAGCCAAGCUGUUAAAAGUGCUAUGUGGACUACUGUUAAGGCCUAGAGCCCUCUCACUUCCUGAUCCCUGGAGAUGCUUGCUGGAGGUGACAUUGAGCCCUGUAGCUUUUAGGUUGCCGAGGUGAGAGGGAAUGCGCAGAGAGGCACAGAGACAGUGUGCCGCUCACGCAGACUAUUCCGGAAUAAAUAUUUAUAUGAAAUGUGAUGAGAAUGGGAUGAGUCCCACUAGUGUUUGCGUGAUAGGUUUGCUUUCUGGAAGCAUCCCAUUCCUGAUGUCCUAGUUGCAGAGGUCAGACCUUUUUUUUCUUUUGCAUUCCGAACAAUCUCCCGUGUUCCGUGUUUUCCGAGACAGGCAGAUCAAAGGGGUCCGCUGCUUAUCUGAAUGUGUUCAUGUGUAAACAUUAGAGUCACUGUUUUAGAUCAAUUGUUCUUGUUAGAACACAAUAAAAACGAUAAAUGUACAGAUUUUAUUCAUGAGUUGUGUGUGUUCUGGUUAAUGAGGGAAAUGUUUUGUUUAAAAAUAACAAUAAACUCCAUUAAUUGUG